CUGAUUUGGUGUUCUGGAAACUGGACAUCAUCUUCUAGAAGUGUUGGUGUACAAGCAUUACUUUUAUUCUAUUUACAAUUUCAUUUCUUAAGAGAAAAAGCUAUUUGUUUUAUCCAGGUUAGCUACAUUCUUCAUUAAAUAGAAAAACGUAGUCAUAAUAUAUCUCUAUAUUCCCUUGAUCCUGGUUCCAGUUGCCUAAAUCGUUUCCUGUGCAUGCAAUUCUGCAUCUUACAUUAUCUUUUUUUUAUUUAAAAAAAAAAAAUUGCAGAUUAGCAGAGAAAGUUAUCCUUGAGUCAUUGACGAAAGGAUCCAUCAUUGUUGGCAAUGUGGACGAUAUGAUGGCUGAACGAUUGGGUGCUGUUUUCAUGCCUCAUGGUCUAGGGCAUUUACUUGGUAUUGACACACAUGAUCCUGGGGGCUACUUAAAGGGAAUGGAGAGACGAAAAGAACCUGGAUUGAGGGCCUUGCGGACAAUUAGAGAGCUCCAGGAGGGAAUGGUGAUUACAGUAGAGCCUGGAUGCUACUUCAUUGAUGCUUUGUUGCUUCCAGCCAUGGAAAGUUCAAACACUGCAAGAUUCUUCAAUCAGGAAGUAAUUGGCAGAUUUAAAGGUUUCGGUGGAGUUCGAAUUGAAAGUGACGUGCAUGUCUCUGCCGGUGGGUGCAAGAAUAUGACGAAGUGUCCCCGGAAAAUAUCGGAGAUCGAAGCAGUGAUGGCGGGGGCACCAUGGCCGAUCGACAAGACCUCUAUUUAUUUAGAAAAUGGUAGAGAGCAGGUUUAACAGUUGCUGCCCCUGAUAAUGUGCUCUCCAUGAGGCUGACUUCUGCUGUCAUAGAUUUUGUGCUUUUAUAAUGUGAAUUUUUUUUUUUUUGCAUUGUGUUUCUAUUCUUGGAGUGAACAUUAUGAUAUGCUACAGCUGGAUGGAUUCCUUGGGCUAGGAAUUUGAUAGAACUUAAUUUUGAUUGUCCAAUGAAUCCAGAGUUUUGGCUCCAAUUAUUGAAUAUGGACGGUCAGGAUACCUCUCACUCCCAGCAUUAAAAUCAUGAUAAUAUAGAGAAAGCAUCAUCAAAAAUGAUUGGACA